AUGGGUUUAAUGCGGUCGAUGCUUCCAAAUGCUAAGCAAAUCUUCAAAUCACAAUCUAUGAGGAAUAAAAACGGAUCAUCAUCCUCAUCAUCAUCAACAGCACCUUCAGAUCUUGUUCCCAAAGGUCACGUAGCGGUUUACGUUGGAGAAAGAAUGGAGAAGAAGAGGUUUGUGGUUCCGAUAUCAUACUUGAACCAUCCUUUGUUUAGAGAGUUUCUUAAUCGCGCAGAGGAAGAGUUCGGAUUUCAUCACCCGAUGGGUGGCUUGACGAUUCCUUGUCGAGAAGAAGCGUUUCUUCAUCUCAUUACUUCUCAUAAGCUACAUUGA